UACAGUACAGUAGUGUAGAGUUGUUGUAGGAGAGGGAGGAGGAAGGCUGAGUUUAGACAGGAGGAAAAGAGAGUGUAAAAAUAGCGUAUACGGAGUAGGAAAUACAAUAUUUAUCAUGGCGUCGGGGGACACUCUGUACAUAGAAACGGACGGGUCAGAAAUGCCAGCCGAAAUAGUGGAACUGCAUGAAAUCGAAGUAGAGACAAUCGAGACCACAAUUGUUGGAGACGACGGUGAACACCAGCCGAUGAUCGCGUUACAGCCUCUGGACUCAGAUGAUCCACACUCCAUUCACUCGCACCAAGAGGUGAUUUUGGUGCAAACGAGAGAGGAGGUGGUGGGCGAAGAUGACUCUGAACUGAACACGGAUGACGGGUUUGAGGACCAGAUCCUCAUUCCGGUGCCUGCCGUGGAGGAGGACUAUAUCGAACAGACUCUUGUUACUGUCGCCGGGAGAAGCUCUUCGACAGGCCGGAUGAAGAGGGCUGGAAGCGGGAAGAAAGCGGGCAAAAAGAGCUACCUGAGCGGGGGAGAAAUGGGCAGGAAGUGGGAACAGAAGCAGGUCCAAAUAAAGACUUUGGAGGGCGAGUUUUCAGUGACUAUGUGGGCAUCGGAUGACAAGAAGGACAUAGACCAUGAGGAGCAAAUCACAGGGGAAAACUCUCCUCCAGAUUAUUCUGAAUACAUGACGGGGAAGAAGCUUCCUCCUGGAGGUAUCCCAGGCAUUGACCUCUCAGACCCCAAACAGCUGGCAGAGUUUGCCCGAAUGAAGCCAAGAAAAGUAAAAGAAGACGAUGCACCAAGAACGAUAGCCUGUCCACAUAAAGGAUGUACCAAGAUGUUCAGGGACAACUCCGCGAUGAGAAAGCACUUGCACACCCACGGGCCUCGCGUGCAUGUCUGUGCAGAGUGUGGCAAAGCCUUUGUGGAGAGUUCAAAACUGAAAAGGCAUCAACUGGUACACACGGGAGAGAAACCUUUCCAGUGCACAUUUGAGGGCUGUGGCAAGCGGUUCUCUCUGGACUUUAACUUGCGCACACAUGUGCGCAUUCACACUGGCGACCGCCCGUAUGUGUGCCCCUUUGAUGGCUGCAACAAAAAAUUUGCCCAGUCAACCAACCUGAAGUCUCACAUCCUCACACACGCCAAAGCCAAAAACAACCAGUGAAACGACAACGACUCAAGCAUACGCUGGAGGACUUGGCCUGUAUCGCCGCUUCUUGACAAACUGUCCCGUGGCCUGCUUUGUUGUGAAACAAGAAGUCCCCUUUGUAUUAUCUUUAGAUGAAAGGUUUUUGAGAAAUGACCUUUUCUCAAACUUUUUAAUAAACUUAUGGCGGUUUGAACAAGGAACUCAUGAGAACCCCAACCCCCUCAGGCAUCUCUCUACCCUACUUUGGUGCUGACUGGAUGGAACAAUUUACGCUUUCUUCUUGUGAAGAUGUUAAUUCAUGGAUCUGCACCUAAAGCAUAUUUAUACCUUAACAGAGCCAUUUAAAAAGUGUUUGCAAUAUGUAAAAUUUGCAUCAAUCCUCAGCAAUGAUACCUUUUCAAUUUUCUACUUUCCCCAAGUGUGCAUAUUGUACACUGUUUGACAUUAAGCUCUGGUAAUGUAUGUAGUAAGAUUGUCCCUGUAGCUCUUAUUAGGUUUCACAGUUCGUUUUAACUUUCCCUUUCCCUUCAUCUGAGUUUUUCGAGAGGGGUCUGGGUGAUCUUUGCAUAUAUUCAUUUUGUACAACGCAAUAUCAGAAUCAUGUAGAUAGCCAUGUGAUUUUCAAUAGCGGUCACCAAUUAAAAUGUUUUUCUCCCUUGCACUACAAA